CGGUCCCUGUAAAUAGUCAACAAAUUGUUGGUACUUGACUGAUACAAUCUACGUGUUAUACAUGCAAUCGGUCCUCUUCGCUCUAUAUAUGCACUAUAUGAACCUAUCACUUGCGACAAAAACACUAUGGAUAUCAAAGUUGAGAGAUCUACCGUUAUCCCCCAACCAAACCCUAGGGCCGACCCCGUCGAGCUGCCGUUGACUGUUUUCGAUUGCUAUGCUCCCCGUUACCAUGUGUCCGUCCUCUUCGGCUUUAGACCUCCGACUCCGACGAAUUCUGCGAUUAUCGAUGGGCUGAAGAGGACGCUGGGGCACUAUCCGACCCUCGCGGCAAGGCUCGAUUACGUGGGCCCCGGGAAGCGUCCGUGCUUCUUGGUGGGUGGGCCCGACGGGGGUCAAUCAAUGAGCAACUUCUUCAUCGCAUGGGGCAAAUCCGUCCGUGGUGCUCCGAUCGACCCUCUCCCGAUUUACGACCGAUCAUGGCUCAAACCGAGAUCUCCUCCAAAAUGCUCAAUCGAGCACUGGGGCCACGAGUUCAAACCCAUCUCCCCAAAUCAAAAGUACGCUUUCCCGCCAAUUUACGCGACCACGGAUCCCGGCAACAUAGCCAACGUCCUACUGCACUACUCUUCAGACUUCAUAUCCACCAAGCUGAAGUCACAAGUCAAACGAAAACUCUCGACUUUCGAGGUAUUGUUAGCCCACAUAUGGAGGAAGAUCACGAUGUCUCGCGGUCUCAACGACGAAACCAGCAUGUUGGCUAAAGUCUCUGUCAACGGGAGAUGUAGACUGAAGCCUGCGGUACCAAACGAGUUCUUCGGUAACUUAGUUCUAACCGCGCAUCCUCAAGCAAAUGCGAAAACCCUACUUCAGGGAGAUUUGGAAACGGCGGCGAGUAUUAUCCAUGAAGCGGUUCGUGAUACCGACGAUGAGUAUUUUCGAUCUGUGAUAGAUUUUGGGGCGAUGAAUGAGGGGGAGGAGUUGGUGAGGGUUGACGAUGAUAUUAGUACGAACGUGAUGUUGCCGGAUUUGGAGGCGGAUAGCUUGUUAGGGUUUCGGUUUCAGGAGCUGGAUUUUGGCGGCGGCGGCGAGUUGUGUGCUUUCACGCUAAGUUGGGUGCCGUUGGAUGGGCUGGUUGUGCUUUUGCCGGCGUUGGAGAAGGACGGAGGUGUAAAUGUGUUCGUGGGAUUGUUGGAAGAGCAUGCUAGGGUUUUGAAGGAGAUAUCACACUCAUUGGAUUAGAUUUAUAAGCGUUAAUUAACUUUAUGAGCCUUUGGUUUGUGCUUAUUAAUCAGUAGAUUAAUCAAAUAAAAACGAGCUUGUGUUUGGGAAAAACCCUUUUAUCCUCUAUUUGAACUCCUUUUUUGUC